AAUGGCAGGUACGGCGAACGAUUACAUGGGAACACUUUCGAAAACACGUUCAGGACGUGAUUGUGACAAAUGGCCAAUCAGACCUAAAUUACCAGCGAUGGCCCAAAAUGCGUCUCGAGCAAAUACCACCAAAACGACUCGCGUCAGAUCUGCAAAAAUUGGAGCAAAUGUAGCAGUUGCCAAAACCAGUUUGACAGUCGGUAGAGAAUAUUUCAAUGAUAGCGUCUUUCCAGAAGGAAGCGCCAAGAAUGCCAGUAAUUAUUGCAGAAAUCCGUCGCGUAAUAUCGCCGGCACUUGGUGUUACACCAAGGAUCCUUUGGUGCCCCAUGAUCUAUGCAACGUUAGAGAUUGUGAGAAACCAGAGGAGUACACGUUCCUUGCCGUGGGAGAUGGCCUAGAUAGGCGUACAUACGUUUUACCCGAAUAUCGUUCGGAAGGUUUACACUUUUCUGUGAAAGCUUGGGAACCGGAUAAUCCAGAUUCUGUCGUGUUUGUCUUUUUAGCCGAUGAUGGAUUAAAAUCGCGUUACAUCCUCAAAAUAGGAACGUCGAACAACGAAAAAGUACUUCUCUUUUACGAAUCGGAAACUACAGCAAUUUCCUUGGUCAAAAGGAAAACUCUGCCACAUUUGCUUUAUGUAGGAAAAUGGAGCAGCUUUAUCAUCCGUAUACCACGCGGACAAUUAUUGCUUUAUUACGAAGACGAUCCUACACCAUUGUUCGAAUGGACUCAUCCCGAUCCUCCCAAUGCUUUUCUACCAAUGUAUUAUUAUUAUGGCAGCGAACAAUCAAAAGCUGUUGGCUUCGCGUUCGAUCGUGGAUCAAAUUGUCAUAUAGAAAACACGAGAACUGAUAAAUACACCAGAAUCCUAUCGUUAUCAACAUGGAUUGACGAAGAAAUAUUGCUUCCUCAACAAGUGACUCUUCAUCUUCGAGGGGAAGGUGCAGUUCAUUUCCCUUUCUACCUGAUGCCCGAGACUCCAGGAUGAAUAUUCAGUUUUCAUGCAGCAGGCUGCAUUACUAUCCCAAAAUUGUACUCACGACUUUCUGUAAGUUACACGCAAAGAUCUAUCGUUACCCAGGACGUUAAAUUCUUGCGAUAUACUCAUUUUAAUAAACACUAGAGCUUCCAGUAAACGUAAUUUACUGAUAUAUACUAUUUUAAUAGAUAUUUUAUGCUCAAGCUUAAUGAUCCAGAUCGUUGGAUAUUAUUCGCAAAAACUACGUACCCUACAGUGACGGUUUUCCACAAACAAAAAUCGCGUGUACCUUUAUUCACAACGAAUUCAUGGACUAAUAUUACAAUAAGAUGGUCUGCAAAUACGAUGAACAUCUACUCCAACGCCACAAAUGUGUUUCAUUAUCAGCAUACCAGUCUUCUCAUAUUCUACUUCUUUUCCGUCGGCGUCGAUGCCAACAGCUGGGUUACUUGGUCUGUCAAUUGCGUUCCAACGGAUAUAGAAGGUCCACCAGUUGAUGGAGGUUGGUCAGAAUGGGGACCAUGGGCAUGCAGCGUGAGCUGCAAUGGUGGUACAGGAAUUCGAAAACGACGUUGCGACUCGCCAACACCUAACAUCAGAGGAGAACCGUGUGUAGGACCGAGUACAAUGACUGGACGUUGCAACGAAAUUCUUUGUGGUGAUAUAACCGAAGAUACGAUAAAAUUGAUAAAUCGAAGAAUUAGAAUGAACCAUACGGCUCUUACUGCCAAAGAACAUCGUUCUAUCACAAUUAAAUCCGACUCGGAUAUCGUGGAAUUAAUUAUUAAGGAAUCUCCUCGUUCCGAAUUACAAUGGUCCUUAAAUGGUGUCUUUGUGGAGAUAGAGCCCGAAAGAUUGGAGUUAAAAGAUUACAAUAUUGAGAUAAUGGAAGCGGUUCUAAAUGAUUCUGGCGUUUAUGCGAUGACACUACGUCGAAUCGAUGGAACGUAUUCGAUUAUCAAAGUGGUCACCUUGGCAGUGAUUCCAGCAGAGGAAACUAUGCAAAUAAGGGAAACUCUAGACACAACCAUACAAUGCCAUUGUGCAAUCCUAGGACACAUUUAUUCGGAGCUUGAAGUGUCUUGGUUAGUACGCAAUAAAACGUGGAAGAAUUAUGGCAUCACGCUUCCAAUGGCAGCCGAUGUUGAACACAUUACAAAAGUUAAUAAAACGCAUAACGGGAUGUGGCAAUGUGUCGUGAAGCAAAAUGAUUUAAAUUUUGUAUGGAUAACAAAUAUGAUAUAUA